AUGAGGGGCCUCCUGCUCGUCGUUGCCUUCGCAGCCGCCGCCUUCGGCGAGGAGCUUUUCGUGGGAGCAGCGGGCGCGGGGUUCGAGGCGGCUCCUUCUGCUCCCCUGUGCACGCAGAUAGCCGAGGAGUACGGCAAGGACCCCGCCGUGACCGCCAUCCUGGACAGCAUGGACAUCUUCUUCGAGAUAGUCACCAACCCCGAUGGCUUCGCUUACACCCACAGCUCUAACCGCCUGUGGCGCAAGACGAGCCGCCCUGGCUCCAGCAGCAACCCCUGCUCCCAAACCUACCACGGCCCCUACGCCCACUCCGAGAGCGAGGUGAGAGCCAUCGUGGACUUCAUCCUCCGCCACGGCAACGUGAAAGCCGCCAUCUCCAUCCACAGCUACUCCCAGAUGCUCAUGUUCCCCUACGGCUACAAGACGGCACCGGCACCUGACCACCAGGAGCUGCACCAGGUCGCCGAAAGGGCUGUCGCGGCUCUGUCUUCUGCGUACGGGACUAAGUACAAGUACGGCAGCAUCAUCACCACCAUCUAUCAGGCGAGCGGAGGAACCAUCGACUGGACGUACAACCAGGGCAUUAAGUACUCCUUCACCUUCGAGCUGCGGGACACGGGCCGCUACGGCUUCCUGCCGCCCCCCAGCCAGCACCAAUUAAAAGUCCCAGACGCGAUCGAGUUCCAGCCUCCCACUCCAAACACCCCCAAGGCAGAAGACCACGACAACGUGCACAUCCAUCACGCCAGAACCAGUUAUGUCGACAGUGUCCUGACACUGCACCUAAAGGUCAGCCUCAUCAAAACGAUACCAUUCCCGCUUCUACGAAACAUCAACCAUUCCAGCUCCCCCAGCCUUACCCGAGCUGCCAUUUUAAUACCGCUGCUGCUUUUCUUUGCAGAUUCCUAA